GUACAAUUUUUUUGAAGUUGAAACAAAUGAACUUGUUUCUUUUUUUUUAAAAAAAAAAAUAAUGAAACUGGUUUGUUUGCCAAAAAAAUGAAAUAAAAUUUUAUCGAUCUGACAAAGAAAGAGAAUAAAUAGCUUUUCCCGCGUCCUAAUUUUGCCUUCGAAACACUUCAACGGCAGUAGCCCUGCCGCCGGCGAGCAAAAAGGUCGAAAAAUGGAAGAAACGAAACAAUUAACCAGCGCUCCUCCUUCUGGCUCAAGACAACUGAAUCUGAAGAAAUCCUUCGCCCUUGGGAUACGCUCUCUCUUAACGGCUUCCACUAAGGAGGAUUUCUGCAAAGCGUUUCCACAUUUCACUGUUGCCGAGCAAGAACGCCUCCAUCGCCUAUUCAUUGAGGUGAUUACUUCUUUGCAUGAAAGUAUAGAGGAUGCUUUUGAAUCACUGUGCAUGGAGACACAGGUAGGAAAUGUUCUUGAUCUUGUAGAACAGCAUGUGGAAGAACAAAAUUUGGACCCACUGUCCGCCGAGAAGAGUAACAUUGGAUCAAUUGUGAAAACUAUAUAUGAUGCAAAGAUGGAUGAGAUGGUGUACUUGACAAGCAUUUUGCAAAAGGCGGAAGAACAAAAACAUAUAAUGAGUACCCGUCUUGAUCUCCUAAGGAAACAGAGGCAAGACAUCUCAGGUGUUGCAGCUGUUGUUGACAAGUUGCGGACAGAUAUUGAGGCGUAUGGAACUCACAGUUUAUGAGCAACACCUUCACUUGAGGUUUUCAUUUUUCACAGAAUUUGUGAGGUUCUUUAAGAAGAAAAUCAAGUCAGUUAAAGAGGUUCCCUUCCCUUUUCUUUCUGGAAAGGUGCAGACUCUGCUGCAUUAUAGUUCAAACUUGGGGAAUAUAUUGUGACCGGUGUCCCGAGUUGUACAAGGUGCUGUUGACAUUUUCUGUUUAUAAGGCCAUUGCCAUAUGUUUAAAGAAAGCACCAAGUUUUUAGCGCUUUGUGUUAAUUAAUGUUGCCUCCUGUUGACUAGCGUGAUCAUAAUGUAUAAGUCCCAAUAAAGCAUCCCAUUAUGAAUUCUUUUAUGUAUGCGGCGACUUCGAAGCUGAGUGGCCUGAGAUUCAGUGAUUGAGAAAGACUAGGUCUUGUUGAAAAUCUGGCUGUUUAUGGCAAAAAGAUAGAUGCUUUGGGGGGGAAAGCUUAUGUUUGUCAGGACAUGUGUGAUGUCUUCAAAGAUUUUGGUUUUCAUCUAGGUUCUGCAUAUCUCUGGAAGAACCUGUUACUGUCUGUGAUAUAGUUAUCUUCAAGCUUAUAAUAAUGAAUCUUUUCCAAAUAAGAUAUCUUGAAACUCAGGUUCUGCAAAUUAGGGCUGACAAUUAGGUCACAUUUCCCCUUCACAUGUUUAGUGACGGUUGUUUGUGUUGGCAGAGGUCAUUGUAGUUUUGUUUUCGUGAACUGAACUGACAGAACUUAAUGUGUUUUUAAUAUUGUACUUUCUUUGAAUAUCUUUUUUGGCUGUAAUGUUAUGCAAAUGAAACAAAGAAAUCGUGGUAGCAUUGCAUUACAAACUUGUGGG